UCCAAUCAGCGGCCACGUUCCUUUGUUGUCAAACGUGCGCUGACAGCGGAACUGAACAAUCGUGAGGGAGGCUAUCGACCACAAACCAACAUAACAAGAUGGAGGUGGAGCAGCUCCUGUCUCUGUCCGGCUCAGCACUGGCCCAGGCUGUCAGCUCUCUGCUAGAGACCCCAGGCCUCUACGUCUUCUCUGACAUCCUGGAGCUGCCAAACGUCAGAGAGCUGGAGACGGGCCCUCAUGCUCCAGUAUACCAGCUCCUAAACCUCUUUGCCUAUGGAACCUACUGCGACUACAAAGAGAGAGCAGCCUCUCUUCCAGAGUUGACCCCAGCACAGAGAAACAAACUCCGCCACCUGUCCAUUAUCAGCUUGGCAUCCAACCUCAAGUGCCUGCCAUACUCCCUGCUCCUGCAGCAGCUGGAGCUCAAGAAUGUGCGGGAGCUGGAGGACCUGCUGAUCGAGGCCGUGUACUGUGACAUCAUCCAGGGCAAGCUGGACCAGAGGAACCAGCAGGUGGAGGUCGACUGCAGCGUGGGGCGCGACCUUGGCCCCAACGAGCUCCCCAACAUAGUCAACACGCUGCAGGAGUGGUGUACAGGGUGUGAGGCGGUGCUAUGUGGAAUUGAGGAGCAAGUCUCAAGAGCAAACCAGUACAGAGAGAGCCAGCUGAAGGUCAAAGUUCAGGUGGAAACAGAGGUUUCAAACCUACAGAAAACGUUAAAGGCCAGCUCUGCCUCUCCAUCGUCUGGUCCCGCCCCAGCCGGAGCUGCCUCCAAUCAGGACGCAGACCAGCCAGCAGAGCCACGAGACCCAGCCUCCUCUCAGGAACCACGACAACCAGGCAAAAAAAGUUCAAAGGUGAAAGGGCUGCGUGGCAGUGGGAAGAUAUGGUCCAAGUCCAACUGAAGGCAGAGACAAAGACCUGGAGACGGCACUGGAUACACUCACUGGUUAACAGAGACAUGGACAUUUUGACCAACAAACGGAUACGCAAAACUGAUCAUGUGACCAAUGUUCACGGACACCCACUCGCCAUGCAGACAGCAAAAUCAAAGACGCCUCAUGGGAACUUUUUCGUCACCACUUCUUUCAUAAUCUCACCUGGACGGAUUUGGAAACACACACAUACACACACACACUGGCUGAAGGGUAUGACAGGUGUGACACCCAUUCAUGCAGUUGUGAAUAGCCCAGACUAUCAGCUCUGUGUAUACACACACACACACACACACACACACACACACCUUCUACAUGUGAACACAGGAAGAACAGCAAAGUUUAAUUAAAAGUCAGUCUGCAUCAGGAAUCAGAUGUCUUUGGCCAGGCAGGGUGAAGACACAAUUAGAUAAGAAAUAAGAUCAGUAUAUUUGAUGCGUAUGUGUGUGUCUGUUGUUUGAAAGACUUUUUUGUUUCCUGUUUUAUUUUAGAUUAAUUCUAUGUUACUUUUUUUCCCUCUGCUGAGUUGAGACGUGUAUAAAAUCGGGAUAUAAACUGUCAGGAAAUAAAAUGAAGCCCUGUACUUAU